GAGACUGACGACUCCUCACCAGAGUGUGACAUGGCCCAGAAGUUGUCCAAAGCAGACGGCAAGAAACUCAGGAAAACGUUCCGCCAGUUUUUCGGUCACCUCUGCUGCAAGAUUACCGAUCCUGUUGAAAUUGCUGCUGAACUGCAGAAGAAAGGUGUGAUAUCCAUUUCAGUGAUGAAGGACAUGAUCAUGUCUCCGGAAUCUCAACAUGCCAAGACCAUUAAUUUGGUUGGUGCGCUCGACAAGAAAAUAAAGUCGCAUCCUGACCGGCUCUUCCUGUUUAUCGAGGCACUGCUGGAGAGCAGUACUCCACAGCUGCAGGAAGCAGGCAGAGAAAUGUCUAGAAAAGCCGGUGAAGUCUGUCCCGACAGAGAAGUUUGCAAAGUUCCCAACUCCCCU